UGUUUAAAACGUCGAAAUUGACGCAAUAAUAAGCAAAAUAAUAUUAUUAAACAAUUGAGUUCAUUAUAGGUCACUCAAUAUGCAAACAUGGCGCUUAUAUCAUCAAAACAAUAAACAAAUUUCUAAUAAAAAUGUUAAAUACUAAAUAAAUUCAAAAGUGAUUCAUAUAAAAAUUUGACUUAAUACAAAAUAUUUGACACCUGCAGUAUUGUGAUAAAUAAGCAUGGCAGAAAAUAAUGAUUCAUGGUGGGGCUCCUGGUAUAAUACUGCAAAAUCAAAGUCUGCUGAAGUUCUCGAAGCUGUUCGUAAAGAUUUAGGUGAAAUAUCUACAGUUGUUAAAGAGGAAGCUACAGCAGCUUCGAAUGUUAUUUCACAAACGUUGAAGCUUGAUGAACCAGAUUCGACAGCAAAUCAAGUUAAAAAGAGUUUUAGUGCUUUUCUGGGACAAGUUGGUACUGUUCUCAAUCCUGCUCCAGAUGAUGAUGAAACUGAAGCGAUACUGAUAACUUCUGGCAAUGGAUCUAUCGCAUUGACAGGGCUACAGAAACAUUUGUUGGAACUUCAAUUAAAGGACUCAACCUACUUAAAUCCUCCAGAACCAGCUCUUAAAACUCAAUAUCAGAGAUGGGAAGAUGUCAUUUUAGAAGAUCAAUUAACACAAGAUCGCUUGGCUCGGCAUCUAGCCAGCAGUACUGUUUUAAAUGAAAAAUAUGUGACCUUAGUUCCUGAUAAAGUUGGACAUCAUGAUUUUUGGAUGAGAUAUCUAUUCCGCAAAGCAUUACUAGAAGAUGGUCUUGCACAAGCUGAAGCUGCUGAACGCAAGGCAAAGUUAGCAGAAGCUGCUGCAGUGUCACCAGUGAAAGAAUCUGUUGAACCAACAACCAUUCAACCCAAAGUAGCUGGAAGUAAAGCAAUUGCACAUUCCAAAUCUAAUAGUGAAUUAUCUAGCCGACCAAGCACAAUAUCUCUUCAUGAUGAACUUAGUCAACAAUCUAUUCAAUCAUCAGGGUCGACACCGUCGUUUUCUUCUUUAGGAUUCACAUCAGAUGUGACUGAAGAAGCUGUUCGUUGGGAUCUGGAGGAAUUUUCUUGUGAUGUAGAAUUGAGUGAGGAACAGCAGAAUAAAUUAUUGCAGGAAUAUGAAAAAGAAAUGCAAGGCAGAGCUACCACAAAAGAUCAACCAAAAGUGGAAACUAAUAAAAAGUCCAGUACAAAGAAGAGCCCGCAACCUUCAAAUGCAAGUAGCAAAUCCCAAAAACUAUCCACCAUUUCAGUAAAGCCAAACAAGGAUACUGCGAAAACCAAAAAUACAAAGAAUAAAACAAAUAAAAAAUCUGAAACUAAAAUUUCUGAAAGCAAGUCGGACAUGUCUUUGCCAAUUGAAUCAGACCACUUCAAAAAGGAUAACCGUUCUAAAGACUCUGUCGACAGUAGCAAUGGUUCAAGUAACUCAGAUGAGUCUUGGGAAAAAGAAUUUGAAGAUCUAGGAGAAUAACAUUAAACGGAAUUACUUAAACUAAAUUUCAUUGAUAAAUUGAUUAGAUAUGCAUAAUCACAACUAUAAAAAAAGGAUGAAAGUACUUCCAUAUAUCUAGAGGAAAGUUAAAAUUACCGGGUGAAUUAGCUACAAUUAUUAUUGAAUUUUGUUUCUUGUGCCGAUCACUUUUCUAAUUCAUUGUACAGUUUCUAUAUUUAUGCUAAAAAUGUAAUUUCUUCAAGCUUUUCACUAUUUUGUCCAUUAUUAAAGGGGAGGGCAAAAAAUUGGCUUAAAUUUUGUUGUUUUUUUAUAUAGAUUUCUAAUUUUUUUUUGAAUUAUGAUCUAGAUUAAUAUUAUGUG